AUAUAUAUAUAUAGGUUGCCGCUCCUUUUUCCUUCGGGUAGGGAGAGCGAAUGAGCCUCUUUCGAAAAGGACUCGCCGUGCUCAUGAGAAUUCCAAUGAAGGCGGCAGCUACCAGUGGCCAGCAGCUCGCAACCACCCCUCCAUUUACACCGGCAAAUGAUGCCUCCUCGUCGGCCAACUUAGAGAGCCAUACCUCGCGCAAGGUUGCAUUGGCUGAUGUGAAGGAGUGGAUGCAAGCCUCUAUCGCAAUCCCAUCUGAUAAGAUCGAGUUCGUGGACGCCAACCUUGAAGAAUUUUCUAAGGGUUACUUGAGCUUGCCGCAGGAAGGUCGACGGGAGCUGCUUCUUGUUCUGGCGAGAGACUACGAUGUGAACCGGGCGAGAGUUCGUGAGCUGAUGGCGCAGUAUCUGAACUUAGGGUUUCCUCAGGAACCCGAGAGCAUUACUGAGGACGAACAAUCGCGAGGUCAAAUCCGAGAUGAGGCAUUUUUGGCUUCCUGUUAUAGGACGGAGCGGAACCUUCGCAUUGCUCUUAAGCCGAUGUAUGAUAUUUUCUUUGAGAGGCUGAAUGCAUAUCCCGGUGGGUUAAAGAUACUGGCUGUUCUUCGUGCUGACCUGUUAUUAGUGAUUGAGAAAGAAAAGCUGCCAUCAUUGCGAGCUUUAGACUUAUAUUUGAAAGAAAGACUCAUAACUUGGCUGAGCCCCGCAGCUUUGCACCUUCAUCAGAUUACAUGGGAUGAUCCUGCAUCCUUAUUAGAGAAGAUUGUAGCAUAUGAGGCUGUGCAUCCCAUUAGAAGCCUGCAAGAUUUGAGAAGACGGUUGAGUACUGGUCGCCGUUGCUUCGGAUACUUUCAUUCAGCAAUACCAGGUGAGCCGCUUAUUUUUAUUGAAGUUGCUCUUUUAAAGGAAGUUGCGAAGGCCAUUCAGGAGGUCUUGUGGGAUGAUCCCCCAUUUCUUGAGAAUGAAGCAACUUGUGCGUUAUUUUACUCUAUAUCAUCGAGUCAGCCGGGCUUAUCAGGGAUCAACCUCGGAAAGUUUCUAAUAAAACGUGUGAUUGAGCUAGUUAGAAGGGAUAUGCCACAUAUCACGGUAUUUGCAACACUUAGCCCAAUCCCAGGCUACGUGCAAUGGCUGCUAUCCAAAUUGGCAUCGCAUUUGAAACUUGGUGAAGAAGAGACAGAGAAUGAGACUGACUCAGAAAUAGUUUUUAGCUCUACUUUAAAAGAACAUGUCCUUCUUCCGGAAGAGGAAAGGAUGAUAUUUGAGUCAGGAAAGGCUCUUGCUGAUGGGAAUAGUGGCAUAGAAAUAUUAUAUAACAUAUUAUCUUCAACGAACAGCGAGUGGAGCAAGUCAGAGUGCCUUUUGAGUGCACUUAAAGGCCCUCUAAUGCGUUUAUGUAUCAGGUACCUUCUCGAAAAAAAUAAAAGUGGAAAAACUCUAGAUGCAGUUGCAAACUUUCACUUACAGAAUGGCGCGAGAAUUGAAAGAAUAAACUGGAUGGCAGAUACAUCUGAGAGAGGCAUUAAACAAAGUGCUGGAAUCAUGGUAAAUUAUGUCUACAGCUUAGAAAAGAUCGAAGAAAAUGCUAUGGCAUAUUUCAGCACUGGCCAUAUCAAUGCAUCAUCUAACAUCUAUCAAUGCUUCCAGCAACCUAUGGAAGAAUAAUAAUGGAUAUGCUCGAAGACUCAGCAGAGUAACCGACAAUGUUUCUUUCAUGAUCAUUCAGGCUUGCUUGGCGAUGUGGAUCAUAACGACUACGCACGGAAGCAUAGAAGCAAUGUUUUGUUAACGUCGCAGGUACAAUAUUUGAACUUGUAUAUAUUUAAUUGUCAAAUAUCAUGUUCACUGGCACUCAGUAAGCUUGUGCUUUUCAAGUGACCUGAAUAAGAGGCUUCUAAAGUCUAGUUGUGGAUCAUUAUGCUAUUUAUAUUUGGAAAACAUAUUUUGUUUUCGAAUUUACAAAUAAUUUCAUAGGUAAACCUAUUUUUUAUUUCAACAAUUAUAUUUUGUGAAAGAUUUUUUUAUCUUGG